AUUUUCUCUAUCCGUUUUUCUUUUUUUUUACGAGACGUGUUCUACAUAGCGGGGGGGAAGAUGGCCGUGGAAAAGGCGAAUGAAACAAAAGCACCAUCGAUGGAGGAAAACAAGGAGAAGACUGUGGACGAGGGUCUUGCCCUGGAAAUCCUCCAGAUCAUUAAAGAUUCCCAGCAGCAGCAUGGACUCCGGCAUGGAGACUAUCAGCGCUACAGGGGGUAUUGUUCCAGAAGACUGCGCCGUCUGCGGAAAACUCUGGGCUUCAGAAUGGGCAACCGGCAUAAGUUCACGGGCAAAAAAGUGACCGUGGAGAUCCUGUCAGACAGCCGAUAUCUGUUGCUGGUCGUGAUGGAAGCUGAGCGGGCGUGGAGUUACGCCAUGCAGCUGAAGCAGGAGGCCAACACCGAGCUGAGGAAACGCUUCCACCUGAUGGCGCGUCUCCGUAAAGCUGCCAAGCACGGAGAGAAGCUGGAGAAGCUGUGCGAGAGCCAUCGCGUCGACGCCAAGACCAAACUAGAGGCCCAGGCGUACUCUGCCUACCUGACCGGCAUGGUCCAGUUUGAACUGCAGGAGUGGAAAUCUGCUAUGGAGGCCUUCAACAAGUGCAAGACGAUCUACCUGAAGCUGGCGAGUGCGUUUACUGAGGAGCAGGCGGUUCUUUACCACCAGAGAGUGGAGGAGAUUUCACCCAACAUCCGCUACUGUGCAUACAACAUCGGUGACCAGAACGCUAUAAAUGACCUCAUGCAAAUGAGACUGAGUGCAGGAGGUGGCGGAGGCAUGAUGGCUGAAAAGCUUGAGGCGCUGAUCACUCAGACCCGAGCGAAGCAGUCAGCCACCAUGAGUGAGGUGGAGUGGAGGGGUCGCACCGUUCCUGUUAAAAUCGACAAAGCCCGGAUCUUUCUCCUGGGGCUGGCUGACAAUGAGGCUGCCAUCGCACAGGCUGCAAAUGAUGAGACAAAAGAGCGCCUGUAUGAGACUCUUUUGGCUGAGUGCAGAGACACCAUCCAGGCUGUGAGAGAGGAACUGCGCACCGACGUGAAGCAGAGAGAGAGGGCUGCAGACAGCACUGAGAGUGGAAAAGUCUCCAACCUGCAGUUCCUGCACAGCUACCUGACUUACAUUAAGCUAUGGACGGUGGUGAAGAGGAAUGAGAGCAUGGCUAAGGCACUGCAGGCCAAACUGAAGGAGCCACAGACAGACGAGAACAAAAGAGGACCUCGACCCCAGGACCUGAUACGGCUUUACGAGAUCAUUUUGCAGAGCCUAGCUGAAUUGUCUACCCUGCAAGGUUUAGAGGAGGACCAGGCCUUCCAGAAAGAGGUGGCCAUUAAGACUCUGGUCUACAAGGCUUACAGGUGCUUUUUCAUCGCCCAGUCGUACGUCGUAGUAAAGAAGUGGAGUGAGGCAUUAGUUCUGUAUGAAAGAGUUCUGAAGUAUGCCCGAGAGAUCCAGUCCAAGGCUAAAAACCUCAAUAACAGCCUGAAGGAUCUUCCAGAUAUUCAGGAACUCAUAGCCGAAGUCAACUCUGAGAAGUACUCCCUUCAGGCAGCAGCCAUUCUGGAUAAAGAGGACGUACCUGAAGCUCCUGCUCAGCAGCAGGUCAAAGAUAACAAGUCUCUCUCUGAACGAUUGGACACCUUCCAUCUGGACCCGUCCCUCCUCGGCAAGCAGCCCAACCUUGUCCAGUUCCCGCCAGACUUCCAGCCAAUCCCGUGCAAGCCUCUGUUCUUCGAUCUGGCCCUCAACCAUGUGGCCUUCCCACCUCUGGAUGAUAAGGUGGAGCAGAAGGGCAAGGGCGGCCUCACCGGCUACAUCAAGGGCAUCUUUGGCUUCGGCAGCUAAACCGUUGCUUUGCUCAGCCUCGAAACCUAAGAGCUGGACGAAGAGCCAGAGCUCGAUCCUGGACUUGCUCCAUUUAAUCCCUUCCCCAUCUGUCAGUCAUAUCCUUCUGAAAACAGUGUGUCUGUGUCCUUUGCCCCAUGACUUGAACUCGCAGAUGUGCACAGCGAUUCACCAAAGCCAACAAUCAACCCCCUAAACACCAGUUGUAUUGUUUGGUGAACGAGAAAAGCAUUGUGUGCGCAGAUAUGUGGCUGUUUAGGUUCAGGAGAAAAGAACACUAGCAUGUAUGGUCGUGGUAUCGAAUUCCUGUUCAAGGUGAGUUCUACCACGUUGUCUAGAUCCAGUUUAUUUAUGCAAAAAAAGGAGUCGGGCACAUGGUUCGGGGCAAAUCCACUUUUCCAAGCUCAAGGGUCCAGGUCUUUUUCUCCAUUUAGUGCAAAAAAAUUAAAUACAUUUUGUUUUUUAAACUCCGCUGACCAGGGUUGAUACACAAGUAAGCCAUUGUUUGCACACUAGAUAAAGCAAACCAGGAUGAUUCGGGUCGUCAGCCUGCAUCUUGGAAUGGCAUAACUGACGUUGCUCCUUUGGCAAAACAAACACCGAGCUCAUGCUGGUUCACAUGGAGAAUGUGUGGGUUUUUGUUCGGUUUUUUUUUUUUUUUAGAUAACAUACAUAAUAUAAUGGAUAAUAAAUAAGCACCAAAACAAUACUAGGGAUGCAUCGAUACCAUGAGUGUGAUUUUAUACUUCAUGAUAUUAAUACCAGAAUGAGUAACCGGUUUAGUAUUAAGAAAUCUGGGGCAUCAUAAAAUUUGUGUUUUUCAAAUUAUUUUAAAUUAUUUUUUUAUUUUAUCUAACUUGCCACUUUGGGCAGCUAGGAAUGAGAUCCUCGUGUACGGCUUGAACAGUUGCUUUAUUAUUAUUAAAGAUAAUACUUAAGCAUCAUAAAGAUUUUUUGUUUUAUGGAGAUGAAUCUUUUCACAAUGCACUUUUUUUUUUUUUUGCUUAGUCACUGUUAAUUAGGAAAUCAAUCUCUUCAGUGUAUUUUAGUUAUGAAUAUAAUACCAGUGUUCAUCGAUGCAUCCCUAACCCUCUGUGUGUUCAUUGCAUUUGCCAGUAAAAUACUCAUCCUACACAGAUCACUGAUUUAUGGUUGCAAUACACAAGAUAUCAUUUUUUUGAAUCCCUGCUCACAUCCAUCUGUAACUUCAGGAAGCAAUUUAGUUUCAGCGUCUUAUCUUAGAAGAGGCAUAAAUGAUGCCAGAUUAAGCACUGGCAUGGGGAGUUUUCAACUCCAUACAUCACUAUCUGAGCUAUACGUCUUGUCUUAACUUGUCGAUUUUGUAGAUUACAAUCUGUGACAUUACUUUGAUUUCAUUUUGUACAUUCAGCAAAUACGUCUCAUGACUGACUGUUAUAAACGGUCAUGAAUAGAGGGAGACUACUUUUCUUAGGUUAGUCAAAGUCAUCUGUGUCCUCACUUAGAACCUGCAGAGGAAAUGUGACAUUUCCAUCCUGCCAUGACUACUUCAGUUUACUGAUCUCUCUCAGCGUGACUUUAGACAGGUGCUGCUUUUGCUCAUAUCAACUCAAACCAAAGCAAAUCUGUGCUGCCGUUUUUUUUCGUGUUUCAUCUCAUCUCUAAUGUCUCUAUCUACUAUUUCUGUUCUAGUAACGGUUUGUGAUCAUUUCUCGCUGGCUUACUUGUUGUACCCUGACUAAUUUGCAGAUUAAUCUUUUUCUUUUUUUUUUUUUCCAAAUGUUUUAUGAGUGAAAAUAUGGCAAUUUGAAGGACGGAGAUGAGUAGUUGAAAAUGUUUUCUGCUGUGAGCACAUUGGAAAAUGGUAAGCAAGAAACUACAUGAAAUGAAAGGUGGAUUAAGUGCUCCUAAUAAAAAGAAUUCAAAACAUGAAUUAAGAAA